CCUUUAAAAUGUAGCGCCAUCUACACGUAAGGUACGAGCUACAGCGAACAAUUAUGAUACCGGUGGAAAAAAAUAUGGAUAGCGAGGAAAGAAUAGACACCAAAGGAUUACAAGAUUGCCCCGGGUUACCAGCCGGUUGGAAAAGAGAAGAAGUAAUACGGAAAUCUGGGCUUUCUGCUGGAAAGACUGAUGUGUAUUACUAUAGCCCAUGUGGAAAGAAAAUGCGCAGCAAGCCUCAACUUGCCCGAUUCAUUGGUGAUGCGAUCGACCUGAGCGCAUUUGACUUCCGGACGGGGAAGCUCCUGUCGUCGGGGGUGAGAAAGAGUAAAAGACUCAAGAACAUUCACUUUGAUUAUAGCAGAGGAACCAAGCAUGAUGCUAGUCUAGUCCUGCCAAUUAGACAGACGGCUUCUAUCUUCAAGCAACCAGUAACACUCAAGACUAACCACAUUAAGAACAGGACGAAAGCAGACCCAAAGCAAGACACAAAGGAAACUCCUAAGCAGCUCUUCUGGGAGAAGCGACUACAAGGUUUGAAUGCGUGCGAUAUGACAGAAGAAAUACUGAAAUCGAUGGAGCUCCCAGAUGGAUUAAUAAGUGUAGGUCCAGGUCUUACCAAUGAUAAUUUACUUCAAAGUCUUGCAUCAAGCCUACAUCUCAGUUCACAACCCAUCCUUGGUCAGGUCGGCUCUCAGGUAAGCACCAUGAGUAUAAAUUGAAUUAAAAAGAACCUGAAUAAUAUACAAAUAUACCAGGCUUUGAGAAAGUAAAGUGGAGAAUUAUUCAUCAUUUGUCUGAGGUUUGACUGGAAAGUUCUAUUUUUUUCCGAUGUACUCAUAUUGUCAGUCCAACCGAGGAUAAAUAGUUCCCACUAACACUUUCAAAACAAACGCCUGGUAUAUCGUUUUUAAAACUCUUCUUGAAGUUUGAAUGAUACCAAAUAUUUCAGCUGCAAUGCUCAGCGGAAUCUGAUCAGUAUCUGCAAUCGCUACAUUAUUUAGUUUCCCACUAAAGACAACCUGCUGCUUGCUGUGCGGGAGAUUCAGCGUUAGCUCUGAAAAGUUUGGGGAGACUGCGCAUGCUCAAUAAUUCAUUGAGCUCCAAAUAGUUCUCCUCUGGAAAUAUAGUGGAAAAAUAAUUUUUUUUUCAUGUGACCGCAACUGACCAAUCAUUUUUUUUUUAUAAUACUCAUGAAUAUUCAUAGAAGGGAAAUAUAAACAAAAUGGUAUUUUAUAAUGCUGUUUGUAAGUUACACAUGACUUUGCACACGAUUAGUAUACAAAUAUACCAGGCUUUGAGUAAGUAUAGGGGGAAUUGUUUUGGAGUUUGGACUGGCAUUACUAUAUUUCCCCCACGAGGGAAGAAUAGUAAUUUUGCUAGUACAACCGAGGAUGAAUAAUUCCCUCUAUACUUUCGAAAUAAAGGCCUGGUAUUUUUGUUUUAUAUCCUACUUUUAAGUUAGAACAACAGAUCUUGAUAAUCUAGUUCUUGUACUGGUAGUUCAUACUUUGUAAUCGGAAUAUAGAUAACGCGCUGCGCUGAUUGACCUAUUUUUCCUGAAGACACAUGCUUAGCGGAAUGCGGAUUUGUGCCUGUGCCGUCCCUUCACUGGACUUGCCCGGUAGAGACACCUCGCUGACCGGUGUGACUGAGAUAUUGCAUGAUCUGUGACAUCAAUGAUGGAAUAGUGCACUAUUUUAUCAUUGACGUCAUGGAAUAUUAAAUUUUUUUUUCAGUGGGCGUUUCAUUUUCAACAUCAUCGCAAACUAGUAAGAGUAUGUUUGGUCACAUGAUGCUAUUUACACCAAUCAGCAUACAGGAUUUAAUUUUAGGAAGUAAUGUGAUUUAUUUUGCAAGUAACCAAAAUGCGGCAGUCUUUCUAAAACAACCAGGAGGUAUACUUAAAUAGAUGAAGCAUGCGUUUGAUGUGUAUCGUGAUAAUGGAAUGGACUCACAGUGAAAAGAGAAAUCUGACUAUUAUUGUAAAACGUGUUUUUUUUUAUCAUGAUGACAACAUACCAAAGGGUUAACAAAAAAAGAUAAAAAACAUGCACUUUUAUUUUGCCGAUAUACCGUCCGAGCAUAAGAUUAAAUUUCUAUUAAGAGACGGCGAGGACAUAAUAUGGAAGUAUGAUGUAAGGGAUAGAAAGGGAGGGGGAGAAAUAUAGUGUGUGUGGGUGAGUUUAAAGGAAAUGCCUUUCAAGAAAGAAGGGAGGCAGAGAAUAAUGCACAGAGAGAGAUUUAAAAUGGGAUAGAUAUUCACCAUCUUUAUUAUCCCAGGGGAUUCAAAUAGGGUUAUUCCGUUGAAAAGAUUACUAACACGCGAGCAAGGUGGGCAUCAUGCUUGCUUACAAAUGCACAUCAACAGUUGAUUUCAUGAUUGGAAGAUGUGCAGGCAUACAGUGAAAAGGGUAUUGGAAUUGCCAAAAUCAGGUAAAAAGUGUAUACUUUUCAACAUAAUAAAUGGAAAGGGCCAUUCUGUCAUUGAAAUAGAAUAUAUGAGACAUUUUUUAGGAGGGGGGAUGAGACACACCACUUGUUUAGGGUAUUCUAAAUGUACGUGCAAGAUUGAAGCAAGAUUGCUGUGUAGGGUCCUUUUUGAAAGUCCUUGUAUAAGCAUGGUGUCCCACUAGUAAUGAUAAUGCCCCCCCCUCCAUAUUCGCAUGAUGUUACACAAUGUUCUGGUGACCCUUUCUUGAGUGCUAAUUCAAAUUUUCAAUAAGUUUCAUUGUCUUGAGACCUUAAAUUUAUGAUUGAAGAACAAAUCUUUGAUCUUGACAAUUUAUUUGUGACCUUGAAUUCCUGUCAU